AAUCGUCACUUCCGGUGCUUCUGUAACAGCUGCUGGCGGGAAGCUUCGUGAUCAGUUCGGUAACGGAUCACAUCAGUCCGGGACCCCUUGAGAACAUGCCCCGUGUGUUGAACGGAAUCGUGGCGGUGUGUCCCGACCUGGGGAUCGGGAUGAACGGAAACCUGCCGUGGCACCCCGUCAGACUCAACAAUGAGUUCAAACACUUCAGGAAGAUGACCUCCACCCCGGCUGUACAAGGAAAGCAGAACGUGGUGAUCAUGGGCAGGAAGACCUGGUUCUCCAUCCCAGAGAAGAACAGACCUUUAAACAGCCGGAUCAACAUCGUCCUCAGCAGACAGUGCAAAGAGCCUCCUGCAGGUGCUCACCACCUGGCUGCAGACUUCAGCUCCGCUCUCAGACUGCUGGACACCGAGCUGGCAGAUAAGGCGGACCAGGUCUGGGUCAUAGGAGGAACCUCUCUCUACAAGGAGUUGAUGGAGAGCCCGGGGAGCAGGAGGCUGUUCGUCACACGGAUCCUGAAGCAGUUUGACUGCGAUACGUUCCUCCCUGAAAUCAGUCCAGAUAAAUAUCGUCUGCUGCCAGAGUUUCCAGGAGUGUCUAAAGAGCUGCAGGAGGAGAACGGCAUCCAGUACAGAUUUGAAGUCUAUGAGAGUAUCGACGAGUGAAGAGGAAUUAUGAGGAACAAAAAACAUACUUCUCUUUUUUUCCUGUUGAAAUUAACUCUGAUUCCAGUCUGAAAGGUUCCUGCUGUAAAGGUGUUUACAGGUACGGGAGCAUGUAUAUAUGAAGAAGUGUAAAUCAAAAACAUGAUGAUACAUGUCACUGUGAUCAGAUACUCUCUCAGGAAUGAGUUUUAAUCUGUCUGCUGGGAGGAACGUGGACCAAACCCACCAUGUGACUCUUGUUGUGGAGUAAAGAGACGAUACUUUUAUCCACUGUCUCUUGUGAUGCUGUUGGUGAUGUAACUCAGCAUGUUUUGUUUCAAUCUGAACAUUCCCAGAAUCCCCUGUGAUCAGCAGGUACGAUGAAUAAAGUGCAUCUACAAGACUUUGAAA